CAGUGAUUGGGCUGUUUUAUACGCUUCCCAUCUACAAGCAAACCGCCCUAUCGCAGUGCCUAUUGCCUCGUGUGACGGAAAGCGCCAGCGCGCCGUCACCAUAACAAACACCACACGAUGGAGUACUCCGCCCAAUAUCAACAGCCUCAUGGCCAGCACCCUCAUGCCCCGUCUCACAUGGCCGGUGCAUAUCCAAAUGCACAGAAUGCUGGCCAGGCAGUCGGUUCAAUGACGUCGCCGACAAACCCACAGGCGCACAUGCCUCAAAACCACCAAGCUUCUCCAAUUAUGCCUCCCCAAGGCCACUACCAACAAUCCCAGAAUCCCCCUGGUGCUGUCCAUCAGCCAAUGAAUUUUGCUCAACCAUACGGUGUGGCGACGACAAUGCAGCCUCCAUAUGGCAUUUCGCCUACGCAAGCAGCUGCCAUGGCCACCGCUGCCGCUUCAGGACAGUUUUAUCCGAUGCAUCAAGAUCAGAUGGCUGGACAAAUGGCGCAAGGCCCUCGAGGUUCGCCGCGCAUGGCUGGUGUGCAAGUGAAGAAUGAACGAAAUCCUCGAUCUCCAACUCAGGUGUCUGGCCAAAUGCAAUCGAUGCCUGCCCAGGUCCAGAUGCCACAGAAUGCCCAGAUGCAGCAAAAUCGUCGUAUGAGUCACGUUGGCAGUCCACACAUUCCUAAUGCGCAACCAGUGAUGAACCAUGUAGGUCGCCCAGGUGUUCCACCAGCGAUGCCCCCACCACCACAACCCCAGGUCCAGCAGGCACCGCCUAACACCGAGGCCGUUGCUGGUGCGACGCAGGAAGAAUCACCCCUCUACGUGAAUGCGAAGCAGUUCCAUCGGAUUCUUAAACGACGUGUUGCUCGACAAAAGCUGGAAGAACAACUAAGGUUGACAUCGAAGGGUCGAAAACCGUACUUGCAUGAGUCUCGACACAAUCAUGCCAUGAGACGGCCUCGUGGUCCAGGUGGACGCUUCCUCACAGCAGAUGAGGUUGCAGCGAUGGAAAAAGGCAAACCAGGAGAGCUUGCCGAUGAAGAUGUGGCCAAAUCAGCCGGUGAGACCAACUCAUCGGCACAGAAACGAAAGUCUGGCUUAGCUGACGAUGGUAACGACAACCCCUCAAAGAAGACUAAGACCAGCACUAGCGCCGAAGAAAGCGAAGAUGUUGAAGAUGCCGAGCCUUCCGAUGAAGAUGGUUGAGUACCUUUUUCAUCCAUCUGGCGCUCCGGCUCCAGAAUGCCCCUCGCCAGAGUUCCAGCCUCGGGUGCCCGUUCGUCUGCGCGCUCGGCCGUUGCUGACGGCUUUGUUUUAACUACAGAAACAUGAACGACUGGUUGAUCAUUCGCGGAACUUCCUUUCUAGCAAGCGAUGUGGGAUUUGCUAUUGGUUUCCUUUUUCUUCUCCCCGGUUUUGUGUUAUUCUCUCUGUUUCAUUUGAUCAAAUUUGUUUAUUUACACGCGUCGAUGACCUGCUUAUUCACU